AAUUUGAAUCGGGCUCGGGACACGGCUCCCCAAACGCUGAUAAACAGCAAACGGCCAACCAACCCACAGCUACCGUGAUGUUGUUCGAGAUGCAGGAACCUCAUGCAACCAUCGCCAAGAUCUGGGCGGCUGCGGCUUGAGGCUAUCAGAACCAGAUGGAACGCAUCUUGGCGGCAACGUCUGGUGAUCGCGUGCCUGGAGGACAAAGGACAAACAACGGCCACCGGCUACAGGAACUUGCCAGCUCCAGGGUCCUCCUGGCAUUGCGUCAGACGCAAGGCGGUCUACACUACAUUCCCAUUAGACCCCCGUCUUAAUCCCCUCCUGGGGGCCGUAGCGGCUACGAUGGGCGUCUGCACCAAGCCAGGCCCCGUCACGGGCACGCGAGAUCUCCCGCUGCAGCUUUUGUCAACUUGUACUGGGACAAAGGGCUCCAAGUACCGGUACAUCCCAUCAUGGUGUUGUACGUGCAUAUUGGCUUGGGCCCACUUUCAACGUCCGAGUUUCUCGAGUGAGGUUCGAACAUGAGCAACACCGGGCGGACCGGCCACCUCCACUCUAGAAGACUCAAGAUCCCGAGUUCUCAUUGGUUUCUAUAUAAAACCGCUUCUUAUAUCUCCCAGUUCACCGGGAACACACCAUCGAACCUUGCUUUAACUACAGUAUAUACUCUCCGAGCCCAAGGUUUGGGCACCAACCUCACACCCUAAUACAAAC